GGCAGGUGGGAGCUUGGAUGUUGAUAUCAACAUGGCGCUUGUCAGACAGACAAAGGCAGCCAGUCUGGUCUGAUUGAGCUCAGAGGGGAGCAGGGAGGAGUGGGAGGGUUUUUUCCCCCUUCCCUUCCUUGGGGGGCGCCAGGGGAAGCUAGGGCUGGGGGCUUGCAGGGCUUUGCACACACCCCUGGGCACACUGCCCCCCCUCAUUGUAUUGUUGCAGACCCCCCCUGCAAGGAAAAGGGGGAGAAACCCCCCCACCAAACCAACCUCUUUCCUUUUCUAUAUUUUGGGAGCCACCCCCCUCCAUACCCCACAACUCCUGCUGUUCAAUGGUCAAGUGGAGAAGGAAGAGAGCAGGACCCAAAGUCUCUCUGCCUGUUUGUUGCAUGCCAUGGCUUCUGACUUGCCACGAUUCACGAUCAAGGCCCCUGUAUGGACUAACCCACAGUAUAUUCAGAAAAAGAAUGGUAGCUAAUGCCGAAGACCUCCCGGAGGCUUUCUGACUUCCUCUCCCCAUGUAAAGUAUGCUGAGAACCUUUCCAGUGGUCCUGCUGGAAACCAUGUUUCACUACACCGACGAGCCCCGGUUCACCAUAGAGCAGAUCGACCUGCUGCAGCGCCUGCGGCGCACCGGGAUGACGCGUCACGAGAUCCUCCACGCCCUGGAGACCUUCGACCGCCUCGACCAGGAGCACAGCGACAAGUUUGGCCGGCGGUCGGCCUACGGGGCCAGCGGCGGCUCCUGCAGCAACAGCACCAACAACGUGGCCGCCUCGUCCUCCACCGCCACGGCCUCCACGCAGACGCAGCACUCGGGGAUGUCCCCCUCGCCCAGCAACAGCUAUGACACCUCCCCGCAGCCCUGCACGACCAACCAGAACGGCCGGGAGAGCAGCGAGCGGCUGUCCGCCUUCAACGGGAAGAUGUCGCCCACGCGGUACCCGCUGGCCAGCAGCAUGGCGCAGAGGUCGUACAGCUUCGAGGCCUCCGAAGAAGACCUGGACGUGGACGACAAGGUGGAGGAGCUGAUGAGGAGGGACAGCAGCGUGAUAAAAGAGGAAAUCAAAGCCUUCCUGGCCAACCGGAGGAUUUCGCAAGCCGUCGUAGCGCAGGUAACAGGUAUCAGUCAGAGCCGGAUCUCCCACUGGCUGUUGCAACAGGGAUCGGACCUGAGCGAGCAAAAGAAAAGGGCCUUUUACCGAUGGUACCAGCUUGAGAAGACAAACCCCGGGGCGACGUUAAGCAUGAGGCCGGCCCCGAUCCCGGUAGAAGAACCUGAAUGGAGGCAGACUCCUCCCCCCGUCACAGCUACCUCUGGCACCUUCCGCCUACGGCGGGGAAGUCGGUUCACCUGGCGGAAAGAGUGCUUGGCCGUCAUGGAAAGCUACUUCAACGAGAAUCAAUAUCCCGAUGAAGCCAAGAGGGAAGAAAUCGCAAAUGCCUGUAAUGCGGUGAUUCAGAAACCAGGGAAGAAACUGUCCGAUUUGGAGCGCGUCACCUCCCUCAAAGUGUACAACUGGUUCGCCAACCGAAGGAAGGAAAUCAAGAGGAGAGCUAACAUUGGAAAACCUCAGGUUGCUCUUCUUGCUUUGAAAACAUCCGUAGUGGCAGGCGAGAUUCCUUCACCUGCAACCCGGAGUGAGGGAGCAUUAGAAGCAGCAAUCCUGGAGAGUCAUGGCAUAGAUGUUCAAAGUCCCGGAGGCCAUUCCAACAGUGAUGACAUAGACGGGAAUGACUAUUCGGAGCAGGACACUUGGCAAGUGCGCAAUGGGGAGGAGGAGGGCCGAUGUUCAGAGGGAGGCAGAGAAGCAGAGAAGUUAGAAGAAGACAGGAGGAUCUGCUCAAAACAAGAUGACAGCACUAGUCAUAGCGACCACCAAGACCCUAUCUCACUAGCCGUGGAGAUGGCAGCUGUGAAUCACACCAUCCUGGCGUUGGCCCGGCAAGGAACCAGCGAGAUCAAAACAGAGGCCCUGGACGACGACUGAUGACGCGACGGAGGGGGAGGGGCUCCGAAACGAGAAAGUAAACUUAGUUUUUAGCCGUAGCACCUUAGCAGCCUUUUCCGACCCCCCCCCCCCACUGCCCCAGCCCGUGCCCCACCCCCCACCGCACCCCCUGGUCUCUAAAAUGUGUUCUUCUUAACAGUAUAACUCUUUGCAGUCUCUUGUAUGUCAAGUUAGCCGUUUAGGGUCUCGUCGUCCUGUGAAGAGGGCACCGUGCCCUCCGACUCUGCGUAUAAACUCUCAGUAUUAACUCUCCCGGUCCAAUAAGCAACCAAACCGACUGACCUCCCCCUGCCCCCCGUCUCACAGCUAGGCGAAAAACCUCUGCUGUUGCUGCUGCUGCUCUCUCUCUCUCUCGCAUUCCAUGAGUGUGCUUCCUGGCAUCGCCGCCAGCCCUCGAUUCCAGCUUAAAUCCGGAUUUAGGAAAAAGCCAGUGCAGCUUUGCGUUCCCCCCUCCCAAUGUCCCCCGUGGAUGCUUUCCUCGCCCCAAGCCUGGGGGAAGCUGUUGUUGCUGCAUUGCCGGGGGUUGGGCUAGCUAGCCGCUGGGGGGUCCCUUUCAACUCCACAGUUCUACGAUUCCACAGAACGGGAGUUUGCGUGGCUUCGGGGCUCGCGGCCGGUGCGAGGCAGGGUUUUGGCAGGGAAUGGGGGAAACCAGGGUGAGAUUCGAGCGCCUGGUUGCCAGUGAGCGAUGUCCCUCUUGAUAUUCAACUCAGCCUUCUUUUCUUGCAAACUUUGGGGUGUGAGAUGCCAGCCGACCUUGAAAGAAGCCAAGGGUCUCUUGUAAGCUUCCAUCCGUAGAAGAGGGUGUGCCCGCUGUGUCUCUGUGUGGCAGCCACGGGCGUGUCUUCUUCCAGAGAGAACAUCAUAUCAUUGUGUGGCUUGGAAGCUUUGUAAAUAAGGAAGUCUUUCUUGGUGGAGGUGAUGGGGGUGGUGGUUGGGUCUUGAGUGUCUGUGCAAUGGGCUGUGAACGGAUCUGCCGGCCACAGAGAUCUAGCAAAAGACCCACAUGCAGAGGGUGGAACAGUGACUCGGGCAGAGUGGGAAGGGCUGGGCUUCCGUGAGGAUGGGUAGCCGUCUCUAAAUGUGAACACUCUGUGGCGAAAUGGGUCUUACUUUUGCAAACUCGGCCCCAGCUCUCAGAAGUUUGGGAAAUGGCUCUAAAGUCUUAUGGCUACUUACUCUACAGCCCCCCUCCCCACAAGAAACGCAGUGCUCUCAAGGAAAGCUUAACCAUCGCCUGUUAGCUGGUCCCCCCUAAAGCAUUACGGAAACGUAGGUGGCGAGUCUUACGAGCGCCACAAUUAGUCCAUCGGAGAGUGCGCCUCUUCUGUACCCGGUUCCCCGCAGUAUCGCACAAUUGACCCGAAAGGAAACCGGGUGCAAAUUUCUUGGUGUCUUUUCUCUUCGUCCUGCUGUUGCUCAGGAGCUAGAAACCUGAAUCGGGGGGGGGGGGGCAGGUGAAAUAAUCAUUGGAAGCCAUAAGUAAGCCGGAGAACGGAUUUAGCUUUGAGCCAGGUAUUCAGCAGCUGGGGUCCAGUUUCCGUUGACCUCCUAGCACGAUGCGGGUUGGUUUCUACUUCCUUUUGCGCUCUUUGGUUGGGUCGCCGUGAGGUCGGUUUCAGGGGAGGCAGGCUGCCCAGGGAUAUAUAUGCCUUUGGUUGGGUCAGAACGCUCUGGCUACGUAGGGAAAGAACCGACUUCUAAACAGCAGAAACAAAUGGAGGUGCGUUUCCUUUGAUUUUUGUUCAUCUUGGAUCCGAUGUAGCACUUUGGGUUUCUUACUUUAUUUCCGUAAAUAUAGAUAUAUUUGUAUUUGAUAAUUUCCCUUUUUAAAAUAUAUAUAUAACAUUGGAUUAGCCUAAACUAUCUAUCUAUCUAUCUAUCUAUCUAUCUAUCUAUCUAUCUAUCUAUCUAUCUAUCUAUCUAUGUAAAAGCUUGUGCUAAACCAUCCCAGUUGCAUCUUGGGGAAUCAUCAGUCCGGAGCACCUCAGGUGAAAAGGAGCCUCACCUGUUGCUCAGGAGAUGCUCCAGUCCCUUUGCCACGCUGGUCCCUUCCAGAUGUUUUGGACUACAGUUCCCAUCAGCCCUGCCACGGAGCUCAGUGGGAGAGUUGUGGUCCGAAAUCUCUGGCAGGCACCAGCGUGGUGAAGGCAGCUGGGCUGAGCAUCUGAGUUCACUCAUCGCCGCUGCCUUUUGCCGCUUCCCGAUCGCAUCAGUGGAAUUUACCUGGGAGUCGUACCUGGCGGGAUGGUGGCCCGUGUCGCUCAGCAUCUCUCAGGUGCAAAUCUUCAGCCCGUUGACUUCUUGCGCCCCUUCUUCCCCUCCUCCCGAUCCUCGGAUGCUCUGGUGACGUGUCUUAGCCACGUUUUUCCCUGGUAGAUUUUACUGACCAAAACAUAUCUCGUUUCUUGUUUCCCCCUCCCUCCACUGAAACGUAAGCAGCUGCUUGUCUUCUGCCCAGAACUGCCUUGUCCAGAGCAGGCCAGCUUUCAAUGGGCCUUGGACUUAGACUCAGGGAUGUUGUGAGAUUCGUCUGGCGCCUGGAGAGAGAGAUUCUCUCCCUGUUGGGCAGACGUUGGGAGUGCUGGGGAGUGAAGAGGUGGGGGGAUUUGGUGUCUCCUGCCUGAGGGAAUGACCCAGCGCUGGCCCAGAUUCCUUUCCGCUGCUGCAGAGGGUAGGACCCAAACCAAUGGAUUCAAGUUAAAAUACGGGGGAUUCUGACUAAACAUCAGGAAGAACUUUCUGAAGGUAAGAGCUGUUCAGCAGUGGAACGGACUCCCUCGGAAGGUGGUGGUCUCUCCUUCCUUGGAGGGUUCUCAGCAGAGGUUGGAUAACCCCCUGUCGUUCCUGCAUUUCAAGGGGGUUGGACUCGAUGACCCUGGGGUCCCUUCCAACCUCUCCAAUGAAGGAGAGUUUUGGAUUCACCCAUCCGAGCGAACGAACCAGGAAAACUAGAGCUGCUGCGGUGGGAUUUUGACCUAGUGUUCAAUCACAGGCGGAGCUGGCAAGCAAAGUAUCUGGAUUCGGGAGGACCGUCCAAUGGUCAAUGCCUUCUCCGCACUGAUAAUGUUGCCCUUGAUGUUAUUCCGGUACCGAAUUUGUUCCGGCGGCCAACUUUAGUAAAAAAAAGGGGGGGGAGAAAUUAGCCUGCAGGAACAGCUCACUUUCCGAAGUACAGUAACGUAACAUCGGGGCCAUUGGCUCAAGCAGACUGUCCCUUUUUCCCACCGACGGACUUGCAGUUUCACCUCCGCCGCAUCCAGUCUUCGAAAGAAACACUGAGAUCUCGUGUGAGUUUGUGGCUCUGGGCCACUUGUUGCAGCGAUGGCCUUUUGCUAUUGAUGCAAACGUUGGCGGCGGCUGUGUUGUCAGAACGAAUUCAAAAUGGCAGCCGUUCCGGAACGAAUGUUUUCAGAAGGUUUUGCUCCUAAGGCUGAAAGGAGAAUGGUGAACUGGUUUACAGAAGGAAAGGAGCCUGGUCCCAGGGGUGGGGGGGCUUGGACUUUGAUUGUGGGAGGGUGUGUGGACACAGCCAUAAAUGUGCAGAGAGCAUGUUUGUACAGAUCCAGGAGGAGUCGCAGAGGAGGCAGGCUGUGUGUGUCGAGGCAACGAAAGUCCUGGCAUCGUCCUGAGUUGUCUGGUAGCAAUAGGCUGCUAUUGCCACCCUUUUCGGAUAUAGUAUCUCAAUGGAAAUACGAGACGCAGCCGCUCAGUUGCUCUUUGUGCCUGAUGUAGAAUGGUUGAAGUUUCCAUCAGUAUUGUCAGAGCAGUCAGUUCAGCCCCAUCCUCUCUCGCGCCGAGCUCCCAAGCUCUCUUCUUUCUUCCUUCUCUUUUCUUUCCAAGUUGCCUUUACGGUGCAACGAGAGUUUUCUAGAUGCACUGCCGGGUGCCUAACCUCCCACCCCAGCCUUCGCCAAGUUCCUGGUGUUUGGAACUGCAAUUCCCAUGAGGCUCAGCAUCACACAGCCAUGCCAGCUGGGAAUGAUGGGUGUUGAAGUUGAAAACAUCUGGAGGGCACCAGGUUGGCCACAGCUGCUAUACCCGCACCUUUAUUAGGCGUCUUAACCAUCGUGGGAAGGGUUGAGGUUUUCGGAAAGUAGUCGCAGAUCGACUUAGCCAACUCAUGAGCAAAAAAAAAAGUAUGAGGAGGAAUUUGUCUCAAUGAUUUGACCCGUAAAUCCCUUUGGCCACGCGCAAACUCCCUCUGUUGUAAGUUUGGUGGGAAGAUAGCCUUUGGUGGGAAGAUAAAGCCUUUACUCCCAGCAGAAGGGUCUGGUCCAUAGCUGCCAAGUACCCCGUUUUCCCCGGGAAACCCUCGUUUUUUCUUACCUUUUCCCGAUGGUCCCCCGUAUCAAUUCGUCUCCCGUUAUUCUCCCUUAUAUUCUCCUGCCGGCGGCCAUUUAUUUUUUUCUGAUUUGCCCAUCUAUGGGCACCAAAAAUGGCCGGCGCCGGCUUUGAAAGUCACAUCUACGCAUGUCCGGAAGUGCAUAGACGCGACUUCUGGUGUCGGCGGCGGCCAUUUUUGGUGCCCAUAGACGCAACUUCCGGUAUCACGCGGCUGCCGGUCCCGGAUUCUGCAGUCCGGGACUUGGCAGGAAUGGUCUGGUCUGGUCUUCCAAUACCGCCCAACUCUAUGGUUUUGUGAAACAACUGGGAUAACACUGGGGUAGAUCUUAAUUUUUUGGCACCCAAGGUGUCCACUUCCUUCCUUCCUUCCUUCCUUCCUUCCUUCCUUCCAUCCAUCCAUCCAUAGUCUUCUGUUUGCAAUUUCGAGCCAGAGCUUUACUUUGAAACUGUAUAACAUUACCUGUGAGGUGUGCUGUUCCUUUCUUCCAGGUGGAGGUGGAGGUGGCGUAUACCUUUAAAGCUCCCCAGCCCAAAGGAUCCUGGGAACUGUAGCUUGUUAAUGGCGCUGGUUUGCCAAGGGUGAACUCCAGUUCCCAGGAUACUUUGGAGAAAGCCAUGUGCUCUAGACAUACAGCCAGAGUCAAUGAAGAGCAGCUUCCUCUAGAACAUUCCAUGUUGUUCUGUGUAUCUUUCACUUCCUUCCUGAUAUGUAUUAUUAUAUCCCAAACCCUGCCUUUCCGCAAAUUUGGAACGGCAGGGGGUGCUUUGGAGAUGGGGAUAACCUGGUUGGAAGAUGACCAGGAAACGCUGAGAUUUCCUACCAGAAGAAAAUUCCAUGUUCAUGUUUAGAAAAGUGCUUCCUGUUGAGAUUUAUUGAUAUUUAUUUUUUUGGCACUCUGCACUACUUGUUCUUUUCAGCGAUUGGGAUUGGAAAGAAUUUUUUGGCAAUAAGCGUUGGCUUGGGUGGGUGGGGUCUUGUCGAUGUUUGGCCUGUCUGGGCAAACGUGGCGAAACUCAGCGCCUAUUGCAGUUCCCUCCAGUGACGUCAACUUCCUUCUGUGGCACGUCAGAAUCUGGGCUCCUUUUGCUGUAUCCAUGCGCAAGCCGACAACUGUUUUACGUUCCAUGGUAGAUGACGCUUUAUCAGUUCUGUCGGAGGGAAUCUGCCUCCUCCCGAAUCAGACCAGCGCCAUCUUUUCCAGACUGGCAGGCAGCAGAGCCUCCCAUAUUACAGAGAGGGGCUUUUGCCAGCUCUUCCUGGGAAUGGCAAGAAUUAGACCUGGAGCCUUCUGCACUCAGGGCUGCUAUGGCCGGUAUGAUGGGGACAAGGCGAGGAACGAAAGGGAGAUGCUGCUGAGAUUUGAGAUUUGACAUUUCCUGUCCACAAAAGGAGCAUGGUUCAAAGCCCACCUGUGCUAACCAAUGGCAACCUUCCCUUACCUUUCCUUGUCUCCUGAACUUCCACUUGGCUGAUCUACACCUUCUCAUGCGCGCUUGAUGCGCACCUGUGGCUCUUGCGGAUGGGCUGCCCCAUCCAUUUCAAGAAGUGUCUCUGCCACUGCAGAGCAGAAGAGAGAGCCUGCUGGAUCAGGCCCAGUGGCCCAUCUAAGCCCAGCAUCCUGUUCUCACCGUGGCCAACCAGAUGCCCAUCAUGGGGAACCAGCAAGCAGGAUUGGACCACAAGGCCCCUUUUCCAUCUUGCAGCCACUGGGUUUCAGAAGCACCUCUGCCUCGAAUUGAGGCCCCUCUUUGAACCACAAAUGCCAGAUGGACCUCAGGGGCUCCCAGUGAGAGCAACUAGAUCCCCCUGGCAGAGCAAGAACCGCUCCAUUUCCAUGCGCUGGAUCUUUUUUUGUGUUUUUCCAGUUUAGCGUAUUUGCUCAGGUCUUUGCGGCUGAACGCAUGCAAACUGCCAGCCCCCCCCCCCCCAGUUUCUUAGGCUGCAGCCCCAAUCCUGGUUACUUAGGAGUAAGCCCCCCUGAAUUCAGCAGGGCUUACUUCUGACUAAACAUGGUUAGAAUUGCACUGCUUGCUGUCCUUGUGUGCUCCUCAGGACCUGUUCAUACUUGGCCUCCUUUUUUUUGCCCAAGAAACAAAAUUUUGAAUGCACCCAGCCUUUUUGUCAUCCUCCUUGUGGAUAAAAGGUUCCUGUGGAGACUCUUGCCUGGUCUGUUGGAGCUUGUAUAUCUCAUACCGGGGUCUGACAUUGUAUGCCUUUUCAUAAUGUGGGUUUGUGGGGGUGGGGGCG